AUGGCCCUGUUCAGCUCGGGUUUACCGCUGCAAGGAGGAGGGGUGGGUCUUCAGAUUCUGCUAGCCGCCAGUUCAUCAUCCAUCGUCAUCCGAGCCGCCAAUCUGGUGGUGGGCGUGGGCUUUCCGGUCUUCCGUUCAUUCAAGGCCAUUGAGGAGGGCUCUCAGGCGGAUCGGAACAGAUGCCUUGCGUACUGGUCGGUGUAUGGUUGCUUUCGGGUAGUGGAGACAAUCACCGACAGGAUCAUAUCAUGGCUGCCCUUCUACCAGCACAUCAAGCUGCUCCUGCUGCUCUGGUUGCAGCUGCCCUCCACCUCCUCCUCCCGCCCUGCCACGGGUGCAGGGCGGCUGUACGCUAGCCACUUGAGGCCUGUGCUGCUGCGCUACCGUCGGCACAUUGACGGGGCGCUUGUUAGCAUCGACCGUUGCAUGGCGUCAUGGUUCCACGCACAUCAGGAGGAGCUCUCUGCUGCAGCACGCAUGGCCCAGUCUGCAACUAGGGCAGCACUUACUGCUUUGGACUCAGCAGUUUCUGCAGCUGCUGCUGCCCUCCCACCCCCUGCUGCUGAUGGCCCUCCCGCUGCCACGUCAGCAGUAGAUUCUUAUGCCAGGAACGGUGUCACUGAUGAUGUCAGCGGAUCCAACAGGGACGGUGCUGAGCUGCAUGACCGGAGUAUCCUCUUUUUCCCGCCGCUUUACACUGCCGCUAUCGGUGACUCGCACGAUGGAAAGCUCAGACCUGUUUUCGCGCAGCGAUUUCUAGAGCCGCCGCUCGAAGCUGGCCGUGCCGUACCCUCGGGUGCGGCGCCGGCGCGGCUCGAUUGGGUGGCGGCCGUAUCGCUGCGCGAAGAGCGCCCGCCGCCUCCCUGCUUGGGCUGGCGCAGCGACGUGCGCGGGCGGAGCCCCGGUUGCGGCGAUUCGGAGGCCGCCUCUGCAUCGCCGCCACCGCGCGAGCUCGCCCGCCGCGCGUCGAUUCCCCGUCGCGCCAGCCUCAAUGCGGAGGUUCUCGUGGCGCGCUUUUCCUUGACCGCGCUUUCAUCUCCGCGCGUCGCUCUGCUGCGUGGCGCUGCUGAAUGA